CAAAGUGCAAAACCUACCUUCUAGUCUUCUAGAUUAUAAUUGGGUAACCCUGGAGAAAUAAACAUGGAUCAAUUGGGAAGUAGAAGUGAAGCUUCUCCAUCUUCAACCAACGACAAGAAGAUUGAGAGAAGGCUCAUUGAGAAAAAGAGAAGGAACCACAUGAGGAUGCUCUACUCCAAACUCAACUCUCUUCUCUCUAUGGACCACAACUCCACUAGUCUCAAGGAAGUGCUGCCAUUGCCUGAUCAAGUGGACAAGGCCAUAAACUAUAUAAAGAAUUUAGAGAAGAAGGUGAAGAUGGCUAAGGAGAAGAGAGAGAGUUUGUUAGGAAUGGGAAGAAACAGGACACGUGGCGCUGGCGGCCUUCGUGAUCUCCCAAAACCGCCACAACUAGAGGUUCAUGAAAUGGGUUCAUAUCUUCAAAUUGUAAUGACAUGUGGAUUAGAUUCCCAGUUCAUAUUCUCUGAAAUCAUUCGUAUUCUAAAUGAAGAGAACAUUGAUGUCAAGAGUAUCAAAUCCUCACUCGUCGGAAAUUCCAUGCACCAUGUUGUUCAUGCAGAGAUUUCACAAUCUUUGCUUCAAUUGGGUGCAACUAAAGUAAGUGAGAGAUUGAAAAGGUUUGUGAAUGAACCAACCAGUGAAAUUGAAUUACAAUCUGAUCAUCAGUUAUUGGAUUUUGAGAUUGAUACUGAUGAAUUAGCGGAGCUUCUAGAUUUUUUAGAAGAGAAAUGAUGAGGAGAAUACUUUUUAUUAACAUUGGCCAAGACUGUGUUAAUAUAUACUUUAUUUUUAUGUUAUUAGAAUUUAGAAUUUAGGAUUUAUAAAAAUAUUUUUAUUGAUCAAAUAUUGACAAAAUUAAUAAUAAUUUUUUUAGUUA